AUGCAGGUAUCAGAAAGUGACAAGCAACAAACAUCCACACAGAAACUGGCAUCUCAAAUCGAAAAGAAUGUGUCAACGAGCAUGUUGUCUCGGACGGGCGGAACCGCAAUUGGAGAUGAUGAAGGUCCGACUGAAUAUCUGGAAAGACGAGUAUUCCCAAUAUUAUUACCAGCUAUUGAGAAGGUUUUGAAACUUCAUAGUUCUGAUGAUGCCGGCAAGGACGUUCUAGCCCGUUUAGCUCAUUAUCUGCUACAAGAGAAUACCAGUGGAAACGGUACAAAGAACACUGUGUCUCAGGAGAACCUCAACAAGUAA